AUGGCUGUUACUCCUCAAUUGUCGUCGCCUGCAGUGCUGCCAGGUGGAAACAGUACCACUUUUAUCAGCACUCAGACAGAUUGUGAUAACACUUUUGUAUCUUCAAGUACUAAAAAGUUAACUACAUUGCCUGGAGAAGAAAUUCAUCAUGAUUGUUUUGAAAUAUUCACGCCAAAUGAUCCACGUAUAGUUGCAUUCGUUGACAACAUUAGUAGCGACCAAACGCAAGAGCCAAUUUUACAAUUGCCUCAGGAGAAGAAUUAUUCCAGCACUCCAAUAAGACCAAGAAGAUUUAUACAACAGGUAAGAUAUAAAAAGUUGGCUGCUGGUUUCCUUAACUACAUUGUUCUUUUAUUACUUCUAUCGGAUGAAAAGUCGCAAAGCAGUAGUUCGACCAACGCAAGGGACAUUUCAUUCAUUAGUGAUGUGCCACCAUUGUGUAGAACGAAUACAACAUCUUUACUAUUAUACGAAUUCGCUUUUGAUGAAGUAUGUGACUGGUUAAUUGGAACGUUGAACACUGGCAUUAUCAUUUCAUUGAUCGACAUCCAAGAAAAAUACAGAAAUGUAGUGAAUAUUCGUAAAGAAAAAGUAACAGAAUCAAUAUUGCGAUCGGCCAAUAUUCGUAAACGUCUAGAAAAUCGCUUUUCCAACGUACUUCAUUUUGAAACACCAUCGGAUAAAGAGGGAACCUACGUUUGUUAUAACAAUAUAUCAUCUUACGUAAAAUUAUCAUUGUCAAAAGCAAGAGAGAAUCAAUACUCCAUGUGUCGAAGCAGUAAUUCGAAUGAAAUCAACGGUAACCAGACAGACUCAGAAAAAUUAUUCGACGCGAUACGUAUUAUUCGGGAUCACAUUUCAAUUGGGCAUCAGACAUUGAAAACAUUUGGCAGUAAGACUGAAACGUUGACUUCCUUCACAACUGACGAUUUUUGGAACUGUGCACCUGUACUUUUAAGAAAUUUUAUUGGGUUAAGUACACUAAACGACGAAAGUUUUUAUAAGGUGCGACGUAAUUAUGAAUAUUAUGAUUUGUUGACGUCAGAUUUAUUUGAAAAAUCUAACAAAUGGGUUAAAAUUUGUAGCAUUACAUAUGAUAUUAUGAAUUGCAAAAACGAUGCUGUGUUAAGUCCUAAACAUUAUUUGUUAGCAAAUGAAUUAAUGAAGCACGAACGAUCAGCCGAUCUUGUUUCUAUUUUUAAUCGAUAUGGACAUACAUGCUCAUACCAAACUAUAACAAAACUGCAUGAAGAAGCUGCAAGAAAAGAGGGUACUGGCUAUCAAUUGCCGAAAACAGUUCGACCACAUUGUUUCGCAAUCAAAUGUGCCGACAAUUUUGACAUCAAUCGAGAUACGAUUCAUGGAACUGGUAGUUUUCAUAUAAUGAAUCAAAUAAUUAUUCAAAAUCCAGAAAACCUCAUUUUACAAGGAACAGCUGAAGUUGCAAAUAAUGUGUCCGAUACGAAUGCAACGACUGAGGAUCAGCUAAACCUGUCGUCCACUAUGGACAUAGAUAAUUCCAGUUUUGUUAGUCAAAUGAAUGCCACAAGUCAACCUUUAAAUGAAAAUGCAACGAAAAUUGCAUCUGCAUCAAGAAUAACAACGGAGAAACGUUAUGUCGCAUUUACAGAUGAUUUAUUUAAUAUACCCCUGUUUGCAUAUGGACUUAGUAAAUUUUAUUCGGCAACUGUUAAUGUUGAUAUGCCAUUAUUAACCGGCUUUUUUGCUACUUAUUAUUAUACGAAAGAAAGGCCAGUACAUAUUGUGUCUUUCUGCCCACCUAUUAAUGAAGAUCCAAGUAGCCAAACUUGUGCAAAGAUUUGUCUUCAGAUGACAAAAUCAGCCAUUUUGGACACUCAUUCCCAACAACAAUGUGUACUUGUUGCUGAUGAAAAGAUUUACAGUAAUUGUAUAAAGGUGAAAGAUAUUAGCAACAGCAGUAAUUCAUUCUCAAAUAUUUUUCUAAUGCCCGGUGAUUUCCAUAUAAUGAAGAACUAUAUGAUCAUGAUAUGGACCAUCUUAGAUGGCAUAGGAAUAGAUGAUUUAUUGGGUCAUAUCUAUCAUGGUGGGACACUUAGAGCAAUUCUAAAUGUGGUUCAUUUCAACAAAUCCUUCCGAUCUGUGAAAUUAUUAUAUACAUCUUUGUUCAUGUUAUUAAUUGAACAAUUUCGUCAUUUUUUGUCGUCGUCACCCAAAUAUUUCGCAAUGUUGCAGCAAAUAGAAAAUAUCUUGUCACAAAUACCAAACAAUUUUGUAACAGAUUCAGUUAAGCAAUCUUGGUUCAGAAAUUUUACCGCAUCUUUACAUUCAUUAGAUGUAAAGGACACGUUCGAUAAAUGGUGUCAGGAUUGUUCGUCGAAAUCUAACACGUUUCGUUUUUGGGUCUUUGUGUUAUUUCACCUUUUGGAACCAUUAAUCAAACUGUACAUUGCCAUCCGAUCAUCAAAUUUCAGUGCACGCAACGAUGCUAUUUCGUUAAUGGUUCCAUUAUUUUUUGCACAUAAACGGCGUAAUUACGCGCCAUUAGGUGCUCGACAUAUUGUAGAUUUGCAACGUGCGUCUCCAUACCUGUUAAAGUAUUUGGCUACAUCAUUUUCCGUUCAACGUACAAAGAGACCAUUUUCAGCUAUUGCUGUUGAUCAAACGAUCGAAUGUACAAUAAAUAAAUACGGAAAAGGACGUGGUGGAAUAACUGGUCAUUUCAAUACGCAUUUAAUCGAUAAGUGGACUCAAUCGUUUGCAUUUCGAUCAUUGUUGUCUAACAUUACGUCCGAAAUUUGCGGCUACGAAACAGAAUCGAAUAACAUAGACAGUCAUCUUGAAUGUUCACCGAAUCGUAUUGUUGUUGAUCAAAAUGAUUUGCAACUAAUUUUAUCGAAAUUAAAAUCUGAAAACUUAUUUUCAUUAGACUCUGAAUACAUGAAGAUAUUAUUUACGGGGAAGAUUAUUCACAAAGAUAUCAUUGACAGCAUCUGUACAUCUUAUCAGCGUGGUUUCCGUCUACUAAAAGAGUACAUAGAGGAUCGUUAUUUGAAUGGAAAAAUUAAAAUAGAAGAAAAGAUUAAUUUUGGUGUAACAUUGAGAAUAAUUGAUGCAGAUAAAUAUUCAGGUAGGACGGCGAAGAAAGAAAAGGCUCCAACAUAUAAUCAAGUGGAAUCGUAUAUUAGAAAAAUAUUUAUUAUUGGUUGUGCUCGAUCAAUUGAUCUGAAUAAUAUCUUUCAACAUGAGUUCACAAAUGCACCAGUAUCGUUAUGUAACCGCAAGUUUCCGAAUUUGCUAUAUCAGUCGAGUAAAUCUGUGGUUCAAAAAUUUCUUCAAGACACGUUCCCUUCGGCAUGUUUUAAUCCAUUUUGGACAACAAAUCCAGAAGAAUCUGCUUUAGUUAUUGAUGGCGGAGCACUUUUACAACAGAUACCGCCAAGAGAAGGAAAAAAGCCAGUGCAUUAUUAUGCCAGUCAAUUAAUGGAACAGUUAAUAAAAGAACACUUUAACAACAACAGCAGAAUAGAUGUCAUAUUCGAUUCCCCCAAAUCAAAACAAAUAAAAGCUUUUAUUCAGCGUCACGGUAUAACAACUGUAAAAGCUCCAUACAGUAUGAACGAAAAUAGCAUACUAGAAGUUGGUGAGGAGUACAACAAGUUAUUACGUUCAAGUCGGGCUGUUGUGGCAAAAGCUGUCAGAGAUUCGUGGUUAAAGCUAUAUGAUAAAUUACCGAAAAAUAAGUAUUUGGUUGUAGCUGGUCCAGAUGAACAAGUGUUUGUAUUAACCAAAGAGAACGUUGGUUUGGACGAUAAUUUAAGAUCUAAUCAUAUCGAAGCUGACACAAGAAUCUUUCUUCAUAUUAAGAACAUUAGCUCGUUUCAGAAUUUCAUGCAAGUGAUUAUUCAAGCGACAGAUACAGACAUCAUUAUAUUAGCCAUUGGUUAUGCAUUACAGUUGGGUAUAAAAAUAUUCGUACAUUGUUCAACUUCAAGAAAAAAACCGAUUAAAUAUUUUGAUUGUUCAUUUAUUGCGCAAAAAUCACUCGACGCAGUGAGAACUAUUCAAGCAGUUUCAUAUUUAAGAUCAUCAUCAUCCGAAUCAUUAUUAAACAAUUUGUUACCCACAACAAAUUCUUUUCAUUAUCACUGCAAACGUGUUUCUUUGCAAUGUAAUAUUUGGUAUCAGUCUACUUGCAAUGAUAUUGAUUAUCCUCCAAUGGCUGGUAAUGGUUAUGUUUUACAAGAUGGAGACAUAGGAAUCGAAUGGAAAUCGAUGCCCUCGAUGCCAAUUACAGACCAGAUGACGACUUGUACGUGUAAAACGGGAUGUACAACGAAAAGAUGCAAAUGUUUUAAACUUCACUUUAAAUGUACUAUGUUAUGCAAGUGUACACUAUGUCAAAAUUCGUACAACAGUCAAUCCGGGUGUUUCCCAGAUU